UGGAGCGACUGUCUGUUGCGAGGGGAGUGAGUGGUGGCAUGAUUGUUGCGAGAAUUCAUGGAGUGAUGGCACCAGAAAGGAGGAUCCCUUCAUCACGACUGACUGAAGUUCCAUUUUCUCUGCGACCCCGAUUCAGGCCGCAUUCGCAUCAUGAGCUCAACCGGGCUGGCUUUAGAUGAUUGUGGCCAGUGUCAAGAAGACUCGCUUGGUUGGAUCAAGAAGAGAAACUAGAAAAUUCAAGAGGGAGAGAGAAAGAGAGAGGCCGGUUCUUGAGAAAUGCUGGCCUUCUUUUAAAUUUUUGAUGAAUAGGUUCGCGAAUUCAAUGUUUUGACUACGGGAAGGGGAAUUUGAGUGGUUGAUUGUGUUGUGGUGUUGGUGUUGAUAGCGCUCAUGAGCGCUCAUGAACAUGGAUUCAGCUCUGCUGUUGAGGUUUUGACUCUUGUAGGAGGAAUUGAGGUUAGUUAGUGCGGCCUAGCUCGUGUAUAAGAUCCAUGAUUUUGGUUGCGUUGUAAGGACGGAGGAUCCGAUCUCUAGGAUUCCGUAUUUGGAGGAUUUAUGGUUCGCGGCGUCGCUGACUUGAGUGAUUGCGAGCAGGUCUUGAAGAGGUGUCACUUAGUGAACAGCAUUCUUAAUCUCAAUCGCUGUCAUGGUUCCAGUGAAGGGAGGAUCGAUGGACUUACUCGAUUCGGUUUCGGCUCGAAAGAUUUGAAAGGUAGUAGUCCUUGUUGCGAGAAUGAAAAGGUCCAAUUCAUGAAGAGCUCGCAAAUCUGUGGACUGUCAAUAGUCUUAUCCCCGAAAUGAUAUGAUUACUACAAGACUCGUAGGAUAGUGCAGUAACUGAGCAUGAAGAAUUCGACCUACAAUCUUAGGCCAGACCUAUGCCUAUCUUGAUUCAAGACUUAGCAAGCGGUCAUUGUGGAGUGACAACUGAGUAGCUGCGAAGAUUUGCAGAAAGUCUCACCACAUUGGCAACAUUGGUGCUAAUUGCGAAAAAAUCAAUCAACUAGGCAUUCCAGAAAGGCAUGCCUGUUGAGGUUAUUCUAUUGAAAAGAAUUCAAGGAAAUGGGUGCGGAAACAUUUUAUUCCACAAGGCCACGGGUGCCCAGCAGGAUAUUAAACUGCGGGGAGAUGGUGGCCGAGUCGGUGCUUCAGCAGUUGGAGGCGGAGUUGCUGCUUCAGCAUUUAGAGGAAGAGGAGAUGACAGUACAAAGUGAAUUUCCAUCGCCAAACAGACGCAAGCUUUUGGUUGGCAUGAAGUGCAACGUUUCUUGUCAAGAACUGCUGGCUUGGACUGUUGUUGAACUGGCAAAACCUGGAGAUCACAUCUUAGCUUUUCAUGUGUCCUCUUUCCCCAUGGAUUCAGUGGCGAAAUCCGAGGAGCUUCAACAACAUUUUGAGCAACUUUCCAACUCUCUUCGAGGUUUUAUUGCUGUUCACGAGAACCUCUGCGUUAUGAAACAAAUAAAAUUAGAAGUGGAAAUCCUCACCGGAGUGAAGGUCAAAAAAGCUUUGGUGAAUUUUGCAAAGAAGCAGGGGACUUGUGAGCUCAUUCUGGGAUCCAACAAGCACUUCACUAUUGGGAGAAAUAAGUUGCUUGGUAGAUACUGUCUGAAGCGGCUACCGAAUACAUGCACAAUUAAAGUCCUACAGCACGGUGAAAUCAUUCUCAACGAACAAGGAAAGCUCUAUGCAGACCUUCCAAACAUUGGUGGAGGAAUGAUUAAAUCUUUACGAGGAAGCAUGAAGAGUUUCAAAAGAAGCACGACUGGUGCAUCGGAUGAAAGCUCUGAUGCAACACCAAGACCUAGCAGAGGUCUACAGCCCACCUUCAAGGAGUUAAGCUAUGGUAUAAAUAGCACCAGAUAUAUAAAUCACAGCACUGAACUGGAGAAGUGCUAUUUCUCGGAUUCGUCUCUGUGUAAUUCUUCUGUGAAAGCGAGUUCAAAAAUCGAAACUGAGAGGCCUGACAUGUUUCUACUUCAAGACCAGUGUGAUGCUCAAACAAUUUUUCCAGCUAAGUCCUCUUUUGUGCGUUCUUCUUUCAGUUGUACUCCUGGGCAACCUGAUACUUCAAUCACUUCUGAAGAAGUACUUGUUCCUGGAUGGCCCCUUAUGCACCAUUCAAUAGGACUAGACAAAUUAAAACGCGUUCCAAGCGUGCUAUAUCGUCCCUUUCUUGACAAAGAGUCUCCUUCUCUAAGUUCAUCACAUGGACUCUAUUUAGAAAGAAAAUCUGCUUUGGGUCCACUCCAUGGUCGUUUCUCAGACAAGGUGCAGCCUGCUCGAAGUCCUCCCCAUCGAUUGCUCUCGGAGAAAAAAAUAACAGCACCAACUCGUUUAGAUCGUCAUAUGUCGGUUGUUGAUUGGGCCUUGCAAAUUCCACAUCGAAAAAGAGACAACUUGAAAACACCGAAAAUGUUAACUGAAGAUGAUUGCUCGAAAGCGCUCCGUGAGAUGGCCAGAGACGCUUUUGGAACUUGCAGCUACGUCAAUUUGGAGGAAACCGCUGCGGAGACAGGCUCAGAUGACUUGCACAGGGCAACUAAAAAUAUGCAAGCCUCACUCAACUUGUCCCCGAGUGAAGAAAGGAAAAAUCUCGAUGUGCUUACGGUAGGAGAAACGCCACUAGCACGAAGGUUGCACGUCCUCUGUUUGGAUCGGUAUAUCGCAUUCGAGUAUGAGGAGCUUGAAGUUGCAACAUCACAUUUCUCCUCAGGUGUGGUAGUAGGGCGUGGGGGAGGAAGUGAAGUGUACAAAGGUAAUAUGCAAAAUGGUAAGUUGGUGGCGGUGAAACUCUUAAACAAUGGUCCUCAAGCAGAGCAGGAGCUUCUGAAUGAUGUCAGUAUCAACACUACUAUAUCGCAUCCCCACGUUGUUCCCAUGAUUGGUUAUUGUGUUGACUCUCCAAAUAUGAUUCUUGUUUAUGAUUAUCUCCCGGAAGGAAACCUUGAAGACCGUCUUCAUGCAUCUGGGUGGAAAGAACCUGUUCUACCUUGGGAUGUGAGAUUCAAAGUAGCACUGGGCAUAGCUAAAGCUUUGGAUUAUCUUCAUCACCGUACUUCCCGUCCUAUUAUUCAUAGAGAUGUUAAGGCAUCUAACAUACUUCUCACGGCAGACUUUGAGCCCCAGUUAUCAGAUUUUGGUCUUGCAAAGUGGGCUCCAAAAAAGGCGCCGUACUUACUGUGCGAUGACAUUCUUGGCACAUUUGGAUAUCUCGCACCUGAAUACUUCAUGUAUGGGAGAGUGAACAACAAGACUGAUGUCUACGCUUUUGGCGUUGUACUGCUUGAGCUCAUAACCGGUCGGCCACCAAUAGACAAUUCGAAGCCCAAAGGCCAUGAAAACCUUGUCAAAUGGGCAAAGCCGUUGUUAAAGGAGACUAAAUUGGCCGAAUUGGUAGACUCACGGCUGGCGGGGCUUUAUGACGGAGAUCAGGUGAAGAAAUUAAUAAUGGCUGCUUCUCUUUGUGUUCGACAAUCUUCUAAACGGAGACCACAAAUGAGUAGGGUAUUACAAAUAAUUUGCGGUGACUGUGACGAGCUCCGAAACAUCUGCACAGGACCUGAGACGAGCGGGGAGAGCACGUCCAUAGAUUCUGAGGAAUGUGACGUUGACAUCGCAGAAACUCCUGAGUUUGGUGGAUGUGCCACUAAUAUUGGGACUCACCUUGCCCUAGCACUGCAAGGUGUGGAAAAAGACAUCAUUUCCGUGAGAAGCUUUGAGAACAGUGGGAUUGAUCUAAUAUAUUCAAGCGAAUAACAUGAAGAUUAAAAUGAACGCCGAUUGAGCUCACCAUACAGUCUCGUCAAGUGAUCUACACUGCUAUGCACCAUUUUUCCGGUUAUGUAAAGAGAAAAGCUACAGAUCGGGUAUACAAUUCAAUUGUGCGAGGUAUCGGUUCGUGUUCAUCUGAUCGUAUUCUUUGUAUCAUAAUAGUUACAAAUCGUUAGCUAAUUCCGCCUUCUUAGGUUGACAGAACAGAGGUCAGAGAAAGAGCGGGAGCUCAGGAAAGCUUCAAAACUAGACCCAUAAAAUCUUUGUAUAAACAGGGCAUAUACUAGUUAUCCUUUCGAAACUGUAGCAAAACCAGCAGAAGUUAGCACUACUAACAGCAGCGAAACUGUGGAAUUGAAGUUCCUUUAAUUCCAAAUUAGCCCAGGGAUCAUUUCCUCCACUGGCCCUAGUAUCUCUGCUGAUAUAACACAAAAUUCAUUGGCAUGCUAUUAAUUGAGGCAUCAUUACAAAAAUCUCACACAUAUAAACCACAUCAUGCAAUGUCUUAA